GGAUGGCGGUAACACUGUAAAUGGCAGUUGGGUAUCAAGUAGAGGAAAGAGGAAAAAACGAAGAGCUACAUCUAGCUCCUAGAGCAGCAGAGAGAUGUCAACACAUCAACUGUAUAUUGUUUUUGCAAUAUCUAACACACACGAGGAGUGCCUAGAGACUUCUAUGCUUUUCGUGCACGUGGAAAUGUUAACAAGGGACAGUUUGCAGCUCGACCGAUUUAGGCCUGGAGGCGUGGCAUGACGACGAACAUGUUCAGCAGGAAUAUCGCCCAAAUUUGGCCGCGGCUUCCUGUGCAUCCUAGCCUCAUGAUGGUUCGUUUCUCUCGCGUGUGGGAGCGUGGCUCCGUAUUUGCCGCGUUCCUCCACCAGAAAGACUGGUCGUCCACAGUUACCACAUUGAAGUUUUCAAGUACAAAGGCAGAACCGCGUCUUCCCAGAAUGGAGUAUCAAGAUGCAGUGUGCACCCUCAACACCCUCCAGACCAACGCCAGCCUCCUGGAGCAGGUGCGUCGAGAGCGUGGUAAUCCCCAACUCCAGCUCCAGGCUAUGAGGGGCUUCUUGGAGCGAGCAGGCCUGAGUGUGGAAGACCUUGACCAUCUCAACAUUAUUCAUGUCACGGGAACAAAGGGCAAGGGGUCAACAUGCGCCUUCACCGAGCAGAUAUUGAGAAGCUAUGGCUUUCAGACUGGAUUUUACAGUUCGCCACAUUUGGUACAAGUCAGGGAGAGGAUACGAAUUAAUGGAAAACCAAUCAGCAAAGAGCUCUUCACAAAAUAUUUCUGGCAGGUGUACGGACGGCUAUAUGAAACAAAGGACGCUUACGGGGGAAGCAUGCCUGCUUACUUCCGCUUCCUGACCAUCCUGGCCUUCCACGUGUUCCUGCAGGAAAAGGUGGACCUGGCAGUGAUUGAAGUUGGGAUAGGUGGUGCCUACGACUGUACCAACAUUAUCAGGAGGCCAUGGGUGUGUGGAAUCUCCUCCCUGGGCAUAGAUCACACCUCAAUACUGGGAGACACCAUUGAGAAAAUCGCCUGGCAGAAAGGGGGGAUUUUUAAGCCAGGGGUUCCUGCUUUCACUGUGAAACAGCCAGACGGGCCUAUGACCGUUCUCAAAGAGAGAGCCGAGGAGAUUGGGUGUCCGCUGUGGGUGUGUCCUGAGCUCGGGGAGUACCCGGCUGACUCCGGACCUCUGCACCUGGGCAUGGCUGGCCAGCAUCAGCACUCCAACGCCUCCCUCGCCCUGCAGCUCAGCCACAGCUGGUUAGAGAGACGCUGCCUUCCUGACAACAGCCUCCCCUUUCAGCCCGCCACUGACACCAGUAAAGGUGUGUUACCUGCUGCAGGCUUCCGUCCAAGUCCCAUCAUGGUCAAAGGGCUGUCCGACACGGAGUGGCCGGGAAGGACCCAGACACUAAACCACGGCCCGGUCACUUAUUUCAUGGACGGGGCCCACACCACGCGCAGCAUGCUGGCCUGUGUGCAAUGGUUCAGUGAGGCUGCUGCCCAGCAGGAGAGGACCGCAGGCGGCCCUGUAGUCAGAGUACUGCUGUUCAACUCCACAGGGGAGAGAGACUCUGCAGCCAUGCUGAAGCUAUUGGUGCCAUGCCACUUUGACUUUGCUGUGUUCUGUCCGAAUAUCACGGAGGCCAUUGCGUCUUGUAACGCAGACCAACAAAACUUCAAUGUCUCUGUGGAGAACAUGCUCACCCGUUGCCUGGACAACCAGAGGAGCUGGCACCUUCUCAACGGCCAGGAGGAGAAACCUGACUCCCAGCUGCUCAUCUCACGUGACACGCUCCCCAUGGUGGCGUCCGGACAGCGCAGUGAAACCCUUGUCUUUCCCUGCAUCCUCAGCGCCCUCCAGUGGCUCAGCCAGGGAAGGGACUCGAUCCUGGCUCACACAGACACAAGAGUCAUCCCGGUCAAGCCCAGCGUGACGGCCAAAGCUGCUCCGCUACGAGACGCCACCAGCAUUCAUGUACUUGUCACAGGAAGCCUCCAUCUAGUCGGCGGUGUCCUGAAACACGUUGACCCUUCGUUUGCCUGCUAGACACUGUGCUGUCAGAUCUUUGAAUUGGCAGUACAUGAGAGUGCAUAUAUAGCAUUAGUUUGGAUUGUCUGAUGAAGAAAGGAACAGCGUUCCUCUCUGAGAGGUAAAUGCUGGGAUGUCAUGUGAGCGAAGGUAAAGCUGAUGUUAACUGUGCUUACUAGUAGGUAAUCAAGUGUUUGCCAGGCGGCAGAGUCUGUCACCCCCAUGCUUUUGGUGAGGUUAAUAAAGAAAUGCCCAGUCCCAGAACAUCCUAUUUCUAUCACAUCAAAUAAAUAAGCAGGGUUCUCUGGCCAAUAAACCUUAAUGCCAAAUGUUAGUCAGUCCCAUCUUGAGCCUUAUUGAGGAUCACACCUCAGCAGCCAAUAUUGUUUACUUAGACUCCUUGGGGGGAGGGAUUAUGCACCGUAGAGACUAUAAACUGAGGUGGACUGUAACUGGGUAUGCUUACGUGGUGUGGUAUUGUGUACAUUUGUCUCUGGAAGCACAAUCGUAUGUUGACUAAUGAAAUUUGUUUCCAAAAGUUUUUUUUUUUUUUUACCAGGGACCAUGAAAACUAGCACUGGAAUUGAGUGAACGCUCUUGUUCCAGUCUGUUUGUUUUAGUCUGGUUACACAUAGCAAUCUAAGUGUGUGCCAAUUAAUUCCCUGCACAGCUGGGCAUCAUAUUGCUAUAUCAUGAUACAGUUAGAAAAUAUGAUGGAAGACUUUUAUCUGGCAGAUGACUUUAAUGUUGGUCUGGAAUGUGGCCCUGUUUUCCAGAGAAAAUCUUGUUCAAAAUAGUUUUAAAUGCUGUGUUUUAAAAUGUUUGCACUUAAUUAAAUUCUAAUGAACCAGAUGUUUGUUUUUUUUUAAGCAUCAUGAUGUCAAAUUUGUAAGCUUUCCAAAAUGUUGCUGGCUUAUUGGAAGCUGGCAAUGAUUAGGUGCCCAUGAUGUGGGCCAAAUAAUACGUUUUCCUAGGAUACUGGAG